AUGCUCAAGCUUCCUGAUAAGUGUCAAAGGUGUGAUAUGAUGGAAAGUUCUAAACAUCUUUUCCUUGAUUGCCCUUUUGCCCAAACAGUUUGGCACUUAUCCCCUCUGGGUUUGAAUAUGUCCAUGCUUCAAAGUGAGGACUUUCUUGAUUGUUGGAACUCUAUUGAUAAAGACCUUGGUUCUCUCGAUCCUUCAGGCAAUAGCGUUCAGAUGGUUGUUUUCUUGUUAUGGAGACUUUGGAAGAAUAGAAAUGACAUGAUAUUUAACCAAAAUACACGAUCAGAGUCUCAAACAGUUGCUAAAGGCUUGGAGGAUUUCAAUGAGCACCAAUCAACUAGUAUCAAUCCUCUACUCACUACUCAUAAGGUGUCGAAAAUAAAUCCUCCCUUAGAUAUAGGUGACUUUGAGUUGUCCAGUGGGCUGUCAAGAAUUGGAAGAAGGUUAUUUUUGAAAGAGAUCUAGCAGUUAUCUAAAUUAUGAGCGGAACCUGUACCCCUGCAGACUCAGCUACUAUUCUUAAGGAUGUUAUUAAUUUUGUUUUGUAUUUUUCUAAGGUUUCUUUCCAUUUUAUUCUUAGAAUUCAGAACUUGAUAACUCAUAAUGAUGCUUGUGAUUUUUUCUCGUGGUUCGUAGUUUUAUUGCUUGGAAUUAAUAUAUCCUCUUUUCUGCCUU